AUGUCAAUUUAAGAAGAACAGCUCCAAUAAUUAAUUGAUUUAGAGUAUGAUUCAGAUUUUAUAGAGGAAAUCAAGGUUUCAAAAUAAUUAUUACCUGAUACAAUUCCUGAAAAAUUAAUUGACUAAUUUGUAGAAGUUAUAAAAUAAAGCUUUUUUUAAGAAAUUGAAGUAGCUGAUUUGAUUAAAAUUAAAUUAGAAUCAGAGGAUAUUAUUCCAUUAUAUACAGAAUUAUUCACUUUAAAAAAAUAUUUAACAAAGCACGACUUAGAUAGAUUUGAAGAUCUUGGUAUUGGAAUAACAAAUGCAUAAAGAAUAAUCCCAUAAUUGAUUCAUUUACUCAAUUUUAAUGAUAUUCCAUUAAUUUAAUAUGAUGUUCUAUGGAUUCUUGGUAAUUUAGCUACUUUAGGAGCAUUUGAUAAAUUAAUAAUUUAAAAUGAUGGUGUUUAUGUAAUAAUUCAAAAACUGAAUUCAUCUUAUUAAUAAAUUGCAUUAUAAGCAAGUUGGACAUUAGGUAAUAUUACAAUUGAAGGAGAUUUAUAAUAAAUUUGUAGAAAUUAGGUGAGAUAAAAAGGUGGAGUAGAAUUAAUACUUAAUUUAUUGAAUAAAUUAUAGGAUCCUAAAAUUAUUGAAUAAUGUUUUUGGAGCAUUAACAAUAUCUGUUCAGAUGGAAUAUCAUUUCUAAGAAAAGAGACUGUCAAUAUGAUAAUUUAAUAAUUGUGUAUUUGCUUAAAUAAAUUUGAUGAUGAGAUUCUAAUAGUGACUUGUUUAUAAUCUUUAUGUCAAAGUAUUCCAUCUUCAUAAGAAAAUUAUAAUGUCAUUUUAGAGCAAAAAAUUACACCUAAAUUAUUAAAUUUGAUCUUUCACAAAAAUAGAAGAAUAAGUCUUAGAUCAUUUGAGUUGAUUAAUCAUCUAAUUGAGUGUGGUGGAGAAAUAUGUGAUCAUAUAUUAUCUUUUAAAUUCUUAGAAGUUGUAGCAAAUUUCUUAAAAGAGGAUAGAUCUAAAAUUAAUAAAAUAAAUGUAUAAGUUCAUUUUAUUUCAGAUUUUAUCUUGUAUUCUUUAAAUAUGUAAAGGAACAGAAAGUUAAUAAAAAGCACUUGUAGAAAACUAAAUAAUAGUUUAAGAAAUUUUUCAAUAACUAUAGUUGUUGAAGAACCUUAAAAUUAAACAUAUUCUUUCAUCUUUAGCAAAUUUAGCACUUUCAAAAAAUAAAGAUGUUAUUAUAAUUCUUGUUUAAAAUCAAAUUAUUUCACAUUUCAUUCAUUUUUUUGAUUAAUUGUAGGAUGAUGAACUAUUUGAAGAAAUGUUGAAAGGAUUAGAAAAUAUUAUUUCAGGUAUUAAAUUACAAUUAAAAUAGUGAUCAAAACUUAAUUUGAAAAUUAUAAUAUCAAAGAUUUAAUUACUUAAAAAGAGCAAAAUUAAAUUUUAGAAAUUUAUUAAACUGAUAAAUUUAUCAAACUAAGAAAAUAUGUAGAUUAAAUAGUAUUAUAAUUACAAUGA